AUGACAAAGGAUAAGAAGGACGACGACGACAAAAAUGAGAAGAAACAGGAGGAGGAUAAGGAAAAAGGAGAGAGGAGAAGGAGGAGGAGGAGGAGGAGUAGGAGAGGGGAAAGAAGAGGAAAAUUGGGAGGGAGGAGGAAAUUGAUGGAGUUGGAGGAGGAAGAAGGAGGAGCAGGAGAGGAGAAAGAGGAGGAAAAUUGGGAGGAAGAAGGGAGGAGAAGGGGAAUCAAGAGGUUGACGAGGAAGAAAGAGAGAGGAAAGAGAGAAGGAGGAAGAGGAGACUGAAGAAGAACAAGAACAAGAAGUAGAAGGAGAAGGA